AUGUUGAAGGUAAAGGAAGAGGAGCCUAAGCAGAAGAAAGGUUGGUCAGACUCGCUGCUAGAGUUAAGGUCAGGGUUUGGGGAAAAGAUGAAACUUGUGUCAAAGAAACGUUGGAAAUCUCUUGCACCUCUUCAUCUGAAAAGCAAAUCGGUUGCUCGGUUUUGCUUCUUUUCGAAACUAAAGUCAAACAACCAUGGUCCAGGCCGUGCACCAGUCUAUCUCAACGUUUAUGACUUGACUCCUAUCAACGGAUAUAUCUAUUGGGCAGGCCUCGGUAUAUUUCACUCUGGUGUUGAAGUUCAUGGAGUAGAGUAUGCUUUUGGUGCACAUGAUUACGCAACGAGUGGCGUAUUCGAGGUUGAGCCGAGGCAAUGCCCGGGGUUCAAAUUCAAGAAAUCGAUAGUCAUUGGAACCACGAAUCUAAACCCGGCGCAAGUGAGAGAGUUCAUGGAGGACAUGGCUUGUAGUUACUAUGGGAACAUGUAUCACCUGAUUGUCAAGAACUGUAACCAUUUCUGCCACGACGUUUGCUACAAGCUUACCGGGAAAAAGAUCCCGAAAUGGGUGAACCGGCUUGCGCAAAUAGGUUCUGUGUGCAGCUGCAUACUCCCUGAGUCGCUGAAGAUUACAUCGGUUUGUCAUGAUCCCGACGGGCAAAUACCAGAGGAAGAGAACGAAAAGAGAAGUCUUAGAAGCUCGUUUAGCUGUUUGUCUUCCAUCUCCAUGAGACAAAAACAGCUUUCGACAUCGUCUUUGUUGAUACAAUCACCUCUCAGAGGCUGCUUACCUCCAUGGCAACUUAAAAGAUCAAAAUCUAAUAGCAGUUCCUUGAAAGAAAGGUAG